AUGUCAAGAUCUGGUGUUGCCGUUGCUGACGAAUCGUUAACUGCAUUCAAUGAUUUGAAAUUGGGCAGAAAGUACAAAUUUGUUAUCUACACCUUAAAUGAUGAAAAAACCCAAAUUGUCGUUGAGCAAACCUCAACUGAACAAGACUAUGAUGCAUUCUUAGAAAAAUUGCCAGAAAAUGAAUGUAGAUAUGCCGUUUAUGAUUUUGAAUAUGACAUUGGUGGUGGUGAAGGUAAAAGAUCAAAAAUUGUCUUUUUCACUUGGUCCCCAGACACCGCACCAGUCAGAGCAAAGAUGGUGUACGCUUCAUCCAAGGAUUCUUUAAGAAGAGCAUUGAAUGGUGUUGCUGCUGAUGUUCAAGGUACUGACUUUUCUGAAGUUGCUUAUGAUGCUGUUCAUGAAAAGGUUAGUAGAGGCACCCAUUAG